UGUAAGAAUGGCGCAGCCGCCGCCGCCGCCGCCACUGUGGCUAGGGUUCCUUGCCUUCAUGUACACCCUAGUCAUUACCCCUAUGCUGAUGCUGUUCAGAGGGCUCUUCCGUUACAAAGAAGAUACAGUUCCGAAUGAGCCGAUUGCAACCACACCCGUGCCCGGCUCCGCUACCCGUCUCGGGCUGAUGACAUGGGAAAGGCGAUGCAGGACAGGAGCUACUAGGCAUCCAUUGCGGUUCGGUUGGCAGAGGAGGACUGGCACCCGACUUAAGUCAAGUGAGUCGAGUAAGUCACUCGCAGAAUCGGAGGUAGGCAUCGAAUCCAACAAAGAACCAUCCGAGAGUUCAGACCGGUCCACUCCUCUAGAUCUGUCGUCCUUAUCCCAGCCUGAAGAUUCAAGCGAGCCUGAGUACCCCGCCUUUGUGACAUCGAAGACGGACAUCAACCCGAAGGAUCGUAACCAAGCAUCAUCCGAUCCUUCAACCACCAGUGCGCCUGCAAAUGAAGCGGGAGAGGCAGUCGACAAAACCAUCGCCACCACCAGGUGGCUCUACAACGACCUGAAGUACGCUCUCCAACAACUUGACGCCCUCCAACGCCACUACGAACAAGAGAUUCCCAUCCUUCGCAACUAUGUACAAGGGAUCUUAAAGAAACUGACAGACAAGAUUGAGGGAACUGACGAAACCAGGGAAGAAACGUGUCCUUACGUAAGUGCAGUCCUUGUCCCAGAAGACGACGACGUCGACGCCAAGAAGGAGAACACAAAGCAAGUAACACCCUCAGCUUCCCCGCAAGAGAUAGAUGCUACGGGCGGCGGAAACGUGUCAGAAGGACCACCAAAAGAUCAAGACACCAUUCAAGCAGACGUUAGCGCCGAAACUGGACAAACACUCGACGAAAGUAGUUGCGACGACCUGCCCAUUGGACCCCUGCGAUCCCUGGUAGCUGAGGAAAGGAACACGGCACCUGCCUGUUUCACUGGCACCCCUGACAACGGUCGCCCACCAGAAAACCAUGGCUGGGAACGUCAAGACAACGGUUACAUCGACAGCGGACCCCGAGAGAUGCUUUACCUGGACAACCAUGGACCACUCAAGACGCAAGGGGAUUGCUUCAGCGCCGAUGACCUAUCAUCUGGACCAAAAGGACUGUUCGAGACUGAGGACUACCCUGAACCACCCAACGACCAUGGAACACUGGGACAUCCAACUGGUUUUCAAUACCAGGAAAAAGAAGGACACACGACGUGGGAUGACUAUGGAGGUGGAAUCGACGAUGAAGUGGACAGUGGGCCGAAGGAAAUGCUCUUUGGGAUGCCAUUGUCCGAAGCCCUGAUGUCCAUCAGACAGAACUAUGGCGAUGACGAGGACGAUGACUCUGACACACGUUACCAUGCUGAUGUCUGUUUUGGCGAUGAGCAGCCACCACAGGAUGCUUGGGGUCUGGAACGUAAUGAGGACGUGGCAGACAGGGGGCUUGUUGUCUCGGCGAUGCAACAUGUCUCCAAGCCACCUGGACAAGACAUUGGAAUCGCUGGAGACGACAUGAAGGGUCUGAAGCUCAGCAUUGAAGCCAAUGAGGACAACAGCCGCACGAGCUUUGAUGUGCCCAUGGAACCGCCGGAGCGCCCCCUUCCAGACCACAACUACAACUACAACAACGAUGCCAUGGGCCGCACUCCUGACAUGAACUGUGGCUAGAGUGAACAGGGAAGAAUACUUGACAGAAUAGAAAAGUUCUUUGUCCACAACCAUUUUUUAACAGGAGCCGACGUUUCGAUGACCGUCUGUCAUCUUCAUCAGAGCAAUUAUGACUGAUGAAUAUGAAACGUCAAAAAGUGGUUUUGAAAAAAAAAACUUUGCUAUUCAAUCGUUCACCAUCUGGUAAUACCAUUUACGGAAGAAUACUUGGCAGUGUAUUUUGGCACUGCUUUUUACACAAAUUACUUUGUAGUGGCUUAUUUUGCUUACUGUCGUGUGAGGGUGACUUUUAGCUUAUUACACUUAGUCGAGUAUAUCAAAACUAUUAUAUCAAAACGAUUAUUAUGAAAGAAAACAUUGGACAAAGACAAUAUCAUUAGGUACUAGCACAUAUCAAUGAAAGAAAAAAAGAUGUACAAAUUGCAAGGUGUAAAUCUUAAUUUCAUGCACUAUACUUAAUCUCCAAGCAGAUCAUACGGUGGCAAGACAAUAUCCAUUGGCCAGGGGAGUGUCCACUAGCCACCGGGGCUAAGGACUCUCUCUAGAUGGUCAGUUCUGACCGUAACGCUUUUGCCACCAGACAUCUGCUUGUAGAUUAUACUGCAGCUACAUUUAUGUCUCAGGUAACAACUGGAAUAGUUCUGUGUUUAUGUGUUUUUAACCACUUGAUAACUUUUCAUUAAGUCUUUACCUGUAUGAUUUUUCAUCUUAAACAAAUAUUUGAUCGUUCUAAAAAUGUUGAUGCCUUUAACUACUAUGUUGCACUUGAAACUUGUAGGGCCCCGAUUGAUAUGAUAUAGCCAAAGGCCUCACACAUGCACAUAUAAAAAAGAUACCAAUCUUAAGCUUAUGACAGGAUACUUCGAUUGUGUGAAAAGUUUGCUUGAAAAGGAAAGUAUGCUUGAUACAUAUGAAUGGUGUAUCCCUAUUUCACUUGAAGGUUUGGAUCGAGAUGUUGAUAAUACAGUAAAGCUAUGACAUGUUUGUUUACAAUUAUUUACAUACAGUUUCACUGGGUUUCCCCUAGCUCAAUUCAUGCAUAAAAAGUUGCAUUUGAAAGAUGCAAAAGAUUCUUAGAAUCUGUUAUCAUCAGCUUAUAAGAUAACAAUAUACUCGUAAUAGGUGAUCCAAGGAAUUUGGUGACACAUUGUCGUGUAAUGUAGUGAUGAAAUGAAGCGUGAAGAAUAUGUGUGUUUUACAAUGUUCAAUUCAUCCUUAAUUGUGAGAAUGUGAGUACUGUUUUAUUGAAUGACUUCUAUUUCUCAUGCUUUGCUCUUGUAGUGACAAAUAAAAGAAAGCAAAAAUCCAA